GCGUGAAGAAAUUUAGAAGAGAAGGGCGCUUUGCUUUAAGCUUAGGGCAAGGAAUAUAUUCUACACUUGUUUUCUCCUUCGAUUUCUAUCAGAGAGGCGCAUUUUGGUUUCCUUCCAAGAUUUUGAUUCAUCAUGGAACGACUGCGAGCUAACCUUCAACGGGUUCGAAUUCCAGAACCCACCAACCGAAUCUACAAGCGAGAGUGUUGCAUUUCAUUCGAGACUCCAAAAUCUGAAGCCGGAUUGUUUAUCGACAUGAAUACCUUUCUUGCAUUUGGGAAGGAUUAUGUGGGUUGGAACUUUGAGAAGUCUGGUAACCCAGUUUAUUUGCAUAUAAAACAGACAAAGAAGUCUGUUUCUGAAGACAGACCUUUGAAGAAACCAACCCUUUUAGCUAUAGGUGUAGAAGGGGGAUUUGAAAGCAGCGAACCUGAAUAUGAGGAAACUUAUAACAUAGUAAUACUACCUGACUAUGCACAACUUCCAUUUCCUUCAGUGGAGUUGCCAGAGAAGGUGAGAUUAGCUGUUGAUGGCAUUUUGCUGGCUGAGGGGGCUGAGCGGAAGGAACAAGUUGCAUCCUGGACUGCUGAUAAGAAACAAACUAGUGCAUAUGCCAUGGGUCUUCUACAGAUUGACAAUGGUGUUAUUGUUCCUCCAUCUGGGUGGAAAUGUGCCAAAUGUGAUAAGAAAGACAACCUCUGGUUGAAUUUGACUGAUGGGACAAUACUCUGUGGUAGGAAAAACUUCGAUGGAAGUGGUGGUAAUAAUCAUGCAGUUGAACACUACAAGGAAGUGGGCUACCCACUUGCUGUGAAGCUGGGUACCAUCACUGCUGAUCUUGACGGAGCAGAUGUUUACUCUUAUGCGGAGGAUGACAGUGUUGUGGAUCCAAUGUUAGGUCAGCAUCUGGCUUUUUAUGGCAUUGACUUCUCAUCUUUGCUAAAGACUGAGUUGACGACUGCUGAAAGGGAACUUGACCAGAACACCAACUAUGAUUUUAACCGAAUUCAAGAGAGUGGUGAGGAUGCUGAAUCACUUUUUGGCUCGGGUUACACAGGACUUGCUAAUUUGGGUAACAGUUGUUAUCUUGCUGCUACCAUGCAAGUUAUGUUCUCAACUGAUGCCUUCUGUAACAGAUACUAUAAGGAUCAAAGUCUGAAAACAGCUUUUGAGAGUGCUCCUGCUGAUCCUACAGUUGACCUGAAUCUACAGAUAACGAAAUUGGCUCAUGGUCUGCUAUCUGGUAAAUAUUCCAUCCCGAUUCUAGAGGAAGACAGCACUAAUGUGACAAAUUCAAAUCCAAGAUAUAAACAGAAAGGUAUACCUCCUCGAAUGUUCAAGUCAGUCAUAGCUGCAAAUCACCAAGAAUUUUCCACCAUGAGGCAGCAGGAUGCAUUAGAGUUCUUUCUACAUUUUAUCGAUCAAGUUGAGAGAGUCCAUGCUGGAAAGCCUGGAGAUCCUUCAAGGAGUUUUAAGUUUGGUAUUGAAGAGAGAUUGAAAUGCCCUUCUGGAAAAGUUGCUUACAACAAAAGACAAGACUGCAUACUUUCUCUAACCAUCCCACUGCAUAGAGCUAUUAACAAAGAGGAGCUGGAACACUUCAAUAAACUGAAGGCCGAGAAAGACUUGGAGGGGAAAGGAGUAUCUGUUGAUCAGAUUGUUCGCCCAAGAGUGCGACUUACUGAUUGCCUGGAAUGCUUUUAUGCUGAAGAGGAGGUGCAUGAUUUUUACAGCACAGAAUUGAAGGGAAAGGUUACUGCACACAAAACUGCUGGUCUGACUUCAUUUCCCGAUUAUCUGGUAUUGCACAUGCGCAAAUUUGUCCUGGAAGCUGGCUGGGUGCCUAAAAAGCUUGAUGUUUACAUAGAUGUCCCAGAAAUCAUAGAUAUAAGUCACAUGCGCAGCAAGGGCCUACAACCUGGGGAAGAACUUUUGCCUGAAGCUGACCCUGGUCAGGGAGUGGAAUCAGCACAACCUUCAGCAAAUGAGGAAAUAGUUGGACAACUUGUGUCAAUGGGGUUUAAUCAUCUUCAUUGUCAGAAAGCUGCCAUCAAUACCUCAAAUACUGGGGUUGAGGAGGCAAUGAACUGGCUACUUUCUCACAUGGAUGAUGCAGACAUUGACACCCCCUUGUCCCAAGGAGGAACUAAUGAAGUUGUAUCAUCGUUUGCUGACCAAUCAAAAAUUGACACAUUGCUUGCCUUUGGUUUUGAUGAAAAUGUUGCUAAAAAGGCAUUAAAUGCAUCGGGCGGUGACAUAGAGAAAGCAACUGACUGGAUAUUUAAUCAUCCUGAUGCUUCUGGUUCUUCCGAUAUGGAUAUUACAUCAAGUACUGCAUCCAUAGUUGAUCCCGCACUCCCCGAUGGUGGAGGAAAAUACAGGUUGAUUGGACUAGUGAGCCAUAUUGGUACCUCUACCCAAUGUGGUCACUAUGUUUCUCAUAUCUAUAAGGAAGGAAGGUGGGUAAUAUUCAACGAUGAGAAGGUCGCGGUUUCCAAAAAUCCUCCACUGGACAUGGGAUAUUUGUAUUUCUUCAAGAGGCUUGACUGUUGAAAUGCAUGAGAAAAAUCACCCUGCUUCUUCAAGUGAAAUUUCAAAGUCUAAAUACUUAGCAUUAUUCCUCAACCAUGAUAUUAUUGAAAGAAAAGCCAUUGCUGAAGCUUAAUGGCUUGUUUGAUGAGGUUGUGUGAUACUUGUUUUCAAUUUCUGAUUACUUGAAGCACAGGUCUUGUAAGUCCCAACUUUUAACCUUUUUUUGGAUGUUCAUUUUCAAGUAUACUUUUGGGGGUUUAUGUUUUAGUUGGAACUGGCCAUGAUGAUACUGAAUACAUGCAUUUUAUGGUUCAACAUUA